GAUUAGAAAAUUUACUGACAUAAAAAUAGUUCUCUGUCGGUCAAUGCCCUUGAUCCUCUCUCAUGGCUUCUUCUUCUUCCUUUCCUCGCACAUGGAGAUACCGCGUCUUCCCGAGCUUCCAUGGACCAGACGUCCGUAAAACCUUUCUCAGUCAUUUACGUAAACAGUUUAACUGUUAUGGGAUUACCAUGUUCGACGAUCAAGGAAUCGAGAGAAGCCAAAUCAUCGCCCCUGCUCUCACGCAAGCGAUCAGAAAAUCGAGGAUAUCGAUCGUGGUGCUGUCGAAGAACUAUGCCUCUUCAAGCUGGUGUUUGGAUGAACUGUUGGAGAUUUUGAAGUGCAAGGAAGAUAUGGGACAGAUAGUGAUGACGAUCUUCUACGGAGUAGAUCCAUCCCAUGUGCGGAAACAGACCGGAGAUUUCGGGAAAGUUUUCAAGAAAACAUGUCGUGGUAAAACAGAGGAAGAGAGUCAAAGAUGGAGUCAAGCUUUGACUUAUGUGGGAAACAUAGCUGGGGAAGACUUCCUUAACUGGGACAAUGAAGCCCAAAUGAUUGAGGAGAUUGCACAAGAUAUUUUAGAUAAACUAAAUGCCACACCGUCUGAGGAUUUUGAUGGCAUGGUUGGACUUGAGGCUCAUUUAAAGGAAAUGGAGUCUUUGCUAGAUUUAGAUUGUGAUGGCGUUAAGAUGGUUGCAAUCAUUGGUCCUGCAGGGAUUGGUAAAACUACCAUUGCCCGAGCUUUACAUAGUCUACUCUCUAACAGGUUUCAUCUUACUUGUUUUGUGGACAACCUUAGGGGAAGCUAUCAUAGUGGUUUCGAUGAGUAUGGAUUGAAACUGCGUUUACAAGAACAAUUUCUUUCGAAGAUUUUGAACCACAAUGGUAUAAGGAUAUGCCAUUUAGGUGCAGUACAAGAAAAUCUAUGUGACCAAAAAGUUCUUAUCAUUCUUGACGAUGUGAACAGUCUAAAUCAAUUAGAGGCGUUGGCUAACGAAACUACAUGGUUUGGUCCUGGAAGUAGGAUUGUAGUGACCACAGAAGACCUAGAGAUUUUGCAGCAACAUGGUAUCGAUAAUACUUACCACGUGGGGUUUCCAUUUGAUGAAGAAGCCAUCGAGAUCUUAUGUAGAUAUGCUUUUAGACAAAGGUCUCCACUUCAUGGUUAUAAGGUGUUGUGUAGAAGGAUAACAGAGCUUUGUGGCAAUCUUCCAUUGGCUCUACGUCUGGUGGGUUCAUCUUUACGUGGGAAGAUAGAGGACGAAUGGGAAGAUAUAAUGAACAGACUGGAAACUGUUCUGGAUCGAGAGAUCGAGGAGAUACUAAGAGUAGGCUAUGAAAGUUUAGAUGAGAAUGAGCAGACUCUAUUUCUCCACAUUGCAGUUUUCUUCAACAAUGAAAAUAGUGAUAUUGUGAAAGCUAUGUUCGCUGAUGGUAAGUUGGUUGUUAAACGUGGUUUGAAGAUUCUACUCAAUAGAUCUCUCAUUGAUACAUAUGGGGAAAGAAUAGAGAUGCACAAGUUAUUACAGCAAAUGGCUAGACAAGCCAUUCGUAAACAAGAGCCUUGGAGACAUCAAAUCUUAAUGGAUACUUUUGAGAUUUGCGAUGUCCUCGAAAAUGAAACAGGUACCAGUGUUGUGUCUGGUAUAUCAUUUGAUGUGUCAGGAAUCAGCGAGCUGAUUGUAAGCAAGAGAGCUUUUAAGAGGAUGUCCAACCUUCGAUUCCUCGCCAUCUACAAAAGCAUACAUGAUGGAAAUGACGGAAUCCAUAUACCAGCGGAGAUGGAGUUUCCCCGUCGUCUAAGGUUACUACAAUGGACAGCAUAUCCAAACAAGUGUCUUCCAUCUACAUUUCAUCCAGAAAAUCUCGUCAACCUUUGCAUGCGAUAUAGCAAGCUCGAGUACCUCUGGCAAGGAACGCAGCCGCUUACAAAUCUCAAGAAGAUGGAUUUGACACUGUCUUGUCAUUUGAAAGAGCUCCCAGAUCUCUCGAAUGCUACAAAUCUUGAGAAACUGGACCUGAGUGUUUGCGAGAGUUUGGUAGAGAUCCCAACCUCAUUUUCGCAUCUUCAGAAACUAAAAGACUUGCGGAUGGGGAACUGCAUAAACCUACAAGUCAUUCCACCUCACCUGAACUUGGGAUCCCUUGAAAACAUCGACAUGCAAAGGUGUUCAAAGCUGAGAAACUUUUCAAUUAUUUCCACCAACUUGGUAAAAGUGGAUAUAUCAUACACAGAGAUAGAAGACGUGUCUGGAGUUAGGCUCUUCCCUCGCCUUGCGUGUUUCAGUGUAAAGAAAAGUGGAAAGCUCAAGGGAUUAAGGCAUCUUCCGACGAGUUUAUGGUAUCUGGACCUAAGCUAUACUGAUAUCGAAAGUAUCCCAGAUUGCAUAAAAGCUCUUUAUUCGUUGCACCUUACUCUAACUGGCUGUAGAAGACUCAGAUCAUUGCCAGAGCUCCCUGGUUCGCUCAAAUCCUUAACUGCGGAAGACUGUGAAUCUCUGAAGACCAUAUUCUCCCCUUUGAAUCACAGUUCGGAUGCAACACUGGUUUUCACCAACUGUUUCAAACUGGACCAACAAGCACGGAAAGAAAUUAUCCAACGUUCGUCUUUGUGCAGAUGGGCUAUCUUACCCGGAAGAGAAGUACCUUCGGAGUUUGAUUACAGAGCCAGAGGAAAUUCAUUUAUCAUUGUUAUUCCAGAUGGUGACAAUUCUCUUUCUGAUUUAUCAAGAUUAAAGCUCUGCGCUGCGGUGUCACCUGACGACCAAACCAGCGAAUCGAACGGGUUUGAAUCAUUGUGCUGUCGAAUAGGCAAUGGCGAAAUAGAACCAGUCGAGGAGGUGUUCCAUCUAGGAAUUUUCUCCAAAUGUUGUGGUGAACAUUUAUUUAUAUUUAACUCUCGUUUGCCAUUUAUCAACUCCUCCAAAAAGAGCAGAGAGAUACUGUUUGAAUUUAGCUGCAGUUAUAACAGCUUUGACAUUAUUGAAUGUGGAGUCCAUAUCUGGACCGAAGACGUACUUGAUAGUAUUAGCCUCACUAAUGGGAGAUGACCAUCGAAGUUUAUUUUGGAAGACGACACCAAAUAGGGUGACUGCACAAAUGGAGUGAUCUGUGAAAGCGACGAACACAGACUUCUGAAGUUGGCUCUUCCUCUGUUUUGUUCUGUCUGAUUCUGUGAGAAACGUUGGAAGCUUGAUUUCGCUAAGAGGGCGAUAGAAGUUUUUUUUUUUUUUGAAUAAUCCAAUGUAUCCUGCCACCCACCAAGGUGGAUCUAGACUAGCGCGAAUGUCUGUAGCCUCGGUCACCCCAAACGCUGGAGGAGCCCAAAUUUUAAAUUUUAUCUCCGGUUCGGCUCCGUGCGGGAUCCGAACCCGGGUCCGUAUGAGGCCGAAACUUCUUCAAAAGACCACUGAGUCCUCCUCGCUUGGUUAAGGCAAUAGAAGUAACUAGUAAGAGUUAUGAGUUUAGACAAACUAUCAUGUGUUGCAUCUGCAAAAGUUAUAUGGUUAACUUGUUACUAAGGAUUAUUAUUUUUGCUUUACUGGGGUAUGCCUUUGGUUUGAGGGAGAAAGCAGCUUGUGGUUCUUGCCCUGAUCAUAAAUUUACCUAUUCUAUCAAGUAUUUGGAGGAAGUUUGUUGAGCUCAAGAUAUGUUGAUUCUUACUUGAUGCCGAGAAGAUUUGUGAAUGCAGUAAGUUUUCUUAAAUAUACACUGGAUUUGUCAUCUGAUAUAUCAUCAAAAGCUAUAUUGGCACUCCGCUUUACUUCCAACUUCUUCUCAAGAAUUGGACACCCUCUCUUCUUUCAUCUGCAACUCAGCGUUAACAUGUUUCCACUGAUUCAUUCUCAUCUAGAGAGAUGAUUUCCUCAUCCACUAGAUGCUCUGGAUAUUUCCUUAUCUCUAGCUCAAUAUCAUAACUGGUUCUUAAGUUCUCUGCCUCAUAUUGUAGUUGCAGAGUCAUGCAUGCCUCCUGUUGAUUCCUUUCAUUGGAGAAGCCUCCUCGGCCUGAUUCCAACGCCUUAGAUUCGCUGGUUAUUUGUUUAAAAUUGGUGCAUGAUAACCAAGUAGUGAUAGUCUAAUCAAGCCGGACUACAACUUGUAGGGUUUCAGCAGGGAAAACCCUGAGAUUGUAAAAAUUGUAUGCGAUAUAGUUCGUGACAGAAAAAAAAAAUGCUAUUUAGUAAAAUUUUCUAUAAUUUUUUUUCUUUUAAAUUUGGAAACUUAUACCUAAGAAUUUUUUUUUCAAAAAUUUUAGAGAUCAUAGACAAA